AACAAAAAUUUGUGUAGAUACACAGUAUGAGGAAAAAUCGACUCACUAAUAAAAUUACUACCAAGUUUUCUUUAGAGGAGAGAGAAACGCUGAGAACUUUUCCCGCUUACAUUUCUCCAAGAAUCUUCUUCUGCAAUAAACUGAACCCCUCAAACGUUCAAACCUCAAUCAUCAAUGGCGUCCAACUCCAUUUUCUCCCUCCUCGCAAUAUUCUUUCUCCUCAUAUCUCUCUCAUCCGCCAUUUCCGACGAAACAAUCAAGAACGCCGCUGAAGUUCUUUCAAACUCCGGCUAUCAUUCCAUGUCUCUCACUCUUCCUCUCAUCUCCCAACCUCUCAUCUCCACCUUUACUUCCGUCACUCUCUUCACUCCCUCCGACUUCUCAUUUUCUCUCACCACCGGCCAACCUUCUCUCUCUCUUCUUCAAUAUCACUUUUGCCCUCGCUUCUACUCCUUCGCGGACCUCCAAUCUCUCUCCUAUGGCUUCCAACUCCCCACUCUCUUGCCUAACUUCUCGCUCAACAUCACUUCUUCUGUUUUCGAUGAUGAUGUUUCCAUCAAUGGCGUCAAAAUCAGUAGUUCCGCUGUUUUUGAUGACGGAUUCUUCGCUAUUUUUGCAAUAGAUCGGUUCUUUAACCCUAAUUUCACAGUCGAAACUUUGGCAUCGAGUCCGAGUUUGAGUCCGAUUCCGAGUUUGUCUCAGUGCUCUGGUUUUACUCCUGGUGAUGGAGUUUACGGCGACGCUUCGGCUGCUCUGAGGUCGAGAGGUUACUCGUUAAUGGCCGCGUUUCUUGACCUGCAAGUAACGCAGUUUUAUGAUGAUGAUGAUGAUAAAGUAAUAACUGUUUUUGCUCCAACUGAUGCAGCAAUGGAGGUUGGUUUACCAGGUAAUUACAGUAAUUGGAGGUCGAUUUUUCUGAGGCAUGUUGUUGGAUGUGAGCUAAGUUGGAGUGAUUUAGUUGGAUUCGGUGAAGGAUUUUCAGUCCCUACUUUCUUGAAAGGGUUCAUGAUCAAUGUUAAUCAUAGUGAUAAGGAUUCUGCGUAUUCUUUGAUGAUUAAUGGUGAUGUUUCUGUUGAUUUUCCGGAAUUUUAUCGAAAUGAUAAGAUUGUUGUUCAUGGAUUGAGUGGGAUUUUGGUUGUUCAUGAGAAAUCUGGUCGAGAAGUGAGAAGAGGUGCUUAUUCUCCUUCUAAUCAUGUUGAGUUUUGAUCGAUUUCACUUUGAUGAUGAUGAUGAUGAAUGAGAGUUCAUGAUGAUAAUCGAUGAUGCUGUUUUGAUGAUGAUAAGGGUUUCAAAAUUAGUGAGUUUUGGGAGAUUAUUCUAUGCUUUGUAGAAUUUUUUAGAAAUGUCGAUAAUGGUGAUUUUUUUUUUCUUGCUUUUGUUACUACGGUGUGUAUGUGAACAUGGUUUACAGAAUAAUCAUGAAUACAAUUUUAGA